ACGUCAAUACGUUGCCGAUGAAGGCGUAAUACAAUUUCCUUAACUCAACACGGUCUCAAAAACACGUUGUUUUCAAAAUAUAAUUUUAGAAUUAUUAUUACCAUGGGUUCCGAACUGUAUUUUCAUUUGAAUCCAAACAACGGAAAAAAGUCUCAAUGCAGAACAGAAUACAAAUAAUUUGCUUAUGAAUCCACUUCAUUGAUUUCUACAGGUGGCUCAGCGAACAUUUUAUUAUAAAAAUUGUGUCUUCGCUGAAUGGCGAGCAACGAUUCUUUGAGUACUUCAAAUUCUGCAAGGAAUAAUCAAAUUUAUUCAAAACCUUAUUGUUCUCUCUGCAACUGCGAAUGGGAAAUGAAAAUUGCCCAUGGGUUGGCUGUUAGUCUCGCAAUAUUGGAAGCCAAACGACUUUUUUUAUUGGCUCUGGAAAUGAUUGUCGAGUCUGCAGUUCUCCUAUUUUCUGGUGGAAUAAAACCCCUUAUCUUCAGCUUCGUUGAUGGUUUUCUUGGAUUCCCAUGUGCCCUUGCUGUUGUUUACUCAAUUCGCAAGCGUCAGAAUCAACCGUGCUAUUCGAAAGUGAAAAUACUGAUGAAGUAUGUGGGAUUGAUAAUAGUUAUGUGUGCUGUGCUGAACAUGGCGACCUUAGCCUCGAUUGGGUAUCAUGUAAGCGUAAGGCAGAGGACCGUAACUAAUGUCUUCAAUACUUCAAUGCACCUCUAUGUUACUACUGAUUCCUACAAAAUUAACUUGGAUCAAAUACAAAUCGAAUUUCAGUGUUGUGGUCAUACAUCGUAUGCAGACUGGUUCUUCUUCGAUUGGCAGAGGGUGGAUUAUGCAACAACAGAGGUGAUGGAUAAUGAUCGUGGAGUACCUUUUAGCUGUUGUAAAUAUAAUUCGCUGCUGCCUUGUAUACACGUGCAAAUGAGCGAAGCAGAUGUCAAAACAAUCAACGUUCAUGGCUGUUCUAAGAUCUUGAACCAGGUUCUCAUCAGAAUCGUAGUUUUUGGAUACAUCAUGACAUCAAUGUUAAUAAUCACUCAAGGAAUCUUGUUGUAUUUUAUAGCGAAAAUUGCACACAGUCCUCUUCCUCAAGAGUGUCCUUCAGAUUGUUCAUGUCUUUCUUCUGAAGAUAGUUCUCCCAGGUGUCGUUUAAUGGAAUCGACUUCAACUUGUAGCUGUAGUUCCAGCUCAGAAUCUCUUUCCGUCGGAGACGAAAGACCACUUCAGGAUCGAAGAAAAAAUUCUAAAAGUAUCCGAACAUUAAGAAAAUCAUUAUUAAAUUCGAGGAAUAAUAGGCACGAAAAAAGGAAAAUUUCAAUAACUCAAUUAAGUUCCUCCUCAUCCCUAAAUCAUAGUGAUAGAUCCUCUAUAGAAUCUUUCCAAAAAUCAGUUACUGCUCGAAUAAGACCUAGCACUCAUAAGCAACAUCAAAUUUCGCAAACGCGAUUGUCUAAGAAUCCAGUGCCUUGAAAUAAUUGAAAAAAAUGAUGGUGAAAUCUAAGAAUAAACUCGUCAGACCAGAGCGCAGUCGAAAACCUAGAUGCAAAAUUUCUAAUAUAGGAAAGAAGAUCAAGACGUCUUAGUAUGUCAGGUUGCAUAACAGAAGGCGAGAUAAUUUCCCCGUCAUUGUAUAUUA